AUGGUAAAUAGAAACCAAAACGCCGAUGAUAUCAUACGGCAAGUUCGACAUGAUGAUUUGGCAGCAAAUAAUAAUCUAGCAGUCAUGGUCGAGAGGAUUAUGGCAGAAGCACCCCCUAGAACCAAAAUCCCCAAAUUCAUUAAGUUUUCUGGGGAUACCACUGAAUCGAUUGUCGAGCACGUGGCUAGAUAUUUAAUUGAGGCAGGAGAUAUGUCAAACAAUGAGAGCCUUAGGGUAAAGUUUUUUCCAAGUUCUCUCACCAAGAAUGCCUUCACAUGGGUCACCACCCUGCCCCAAAGUUCGAUCCAUACUUGGAACCAACUAGAGAGAAUGUUCCAUGAGCAGUUUUACAUGGGACAAACGAAGAUAAGUCUAAAGGAACUGGCUAGUAUCAAACGAAAGUUUAUUGAGCCAAUUGAUGACUAUCUGAAUAGGUUUCGAUUACUCAAAGUUAGAUGUUUUACACAAGUGCCAGAGCAUGAACUGGUCGAAAUAGCCGUUAGGGACCUUGACUAUUCGAUUAGGAAGAAAUUAGAUGCCCAAUAUCUGAGAGAUAUGACCCAACUGGCUGAUAGGGUUCAACAGUUAGAAUGUUUGAAGGAAGAAAAGGCUAGGGCAAAUAAAGGUAAAAGGGUAGCCUAUGUCGAUUUCAAAAAUGAUGAUGAAGGGUAG